AUGAUAAGUUUUCAGGAUCGAUUUAAAGGUAAAAUGUCAUACAUCUCAAAAUAUGGAAUUAACCAAUCCCCUGAUCUCAAAUAAAAUAGCUAUAUUCUGCAAUAAGAUUAAUCAAACAAUAAAAGUCCUUAAAAAAUCAUUAAUCUGAACUCUAAAUCUCCUAUCAAAAAUUCCUAUUAUUAUAAGUUACCUCCCAUUAAAAAUAAAAUAGUAGAUAGAACUUAAAAUUUUAAUUAACAGAAAUAAUAAAUAUAAACCAAGAAAAUUUAUUCUGCUGACCAUUCAAAGAUUAGCCUGAAGAAAUACGACAGCGAUAUUGAAGAAACUUAAUUGAAACACUUGUAAUAUUUAGAUAAGAUUGAAUAAUUAUAUAUGCUUUAAAAAAAUUGA